AUGUCGUUUUCCGACUCCGACGUGUCCUCUCAUGGCGGAGAGUACAAGAAUUUCCGUCAAAUCAGCCGUGAUCGGCUAUUGUAUGAGAUGCUUCGUGCAUCCAAGUCAGAUGAUACAAGAUCAUCUUGGAAGGUUCUUAUCAUGGAUAAAGUUACAGUGAAGGUCAUGUCUGCGUCAUGCAAAAUGGCAGACAUCACCGAUCAAGGAGUUUCAUUGGUAGAAGAUAUUUUCAGACGACGAGAACCUCUGCCGUCUUUAGAUGCCGUAUACUUCAUUCAGCCUUCAAAGGAAAACGUGGUCUUGUUCUUAUCAGACAUGUCAGGAAGAGAACCUUUGUAUAAGAAAGCAUAUGUAUACUUCAGUUCGCCAGUAGCAAAGGAUUUGGUUGCUCGUAUCAAGAAUGACUCUAGUGUGCUGCCACGCAUUGGCGCUCUGCGUGAGAUGAAUUUGGAGUACUUCCCUAUAGAUAACCAGGCUUUCAUCACUGAUCAUGAGAGGGCGCUUGAAGAUCUAUUUGGUGAAAAUGCUGAAAGUUCUCGAAGAUUUGAUGCUUGUUUAAAUGAAGUGGCAAAAAGAAUGGCUACAGUGUUUGCUUCACUGAAGGAAUUCCCUGUUGUGCGAUAUCGAGCUGUAAAGGGGCUUGAUUCAUCAACAGUAAUUUCACCACGUCAGUUACUUCCUACAAAGCUUGCUGCUGCUGUAUGGAAUGUGAUAUCAACUUAUAAAAGUUCUAUUCCUAAUUAUCCCAAAAAAGAAACAUGUGAACUGCUGAUUUUGGAUAGAUCUGUUGACCUGAUUGCUCCUGUCAUUCACGAGUGGACUUAUGAUUCUAUGAUCCAUGAUCUACUUGACUUGGAUGGAAAUAAAUAUGUAUACGAGGUUUCUAGUAAAUCUGGUGGGCAACCUGAGAAGAAAGAAGCCCUUUUGGAGGAUCAUGAUCCUGUUUGGCUCGAGUUACGCCAUGCCCAUAUAGCAGAUGCUAGCGAACGGCUGCACGACAAGAUGACAAAUUUUGUUUCAAAGAAUAAAGCAGCUCAGUUGCAACAGAGAGAUGGUAGUGAAUUAUCUACAAGGGACAUGCAGAAAAUGGUUCAAGCUUUACCACAAUACAAUGAGCAAAUGGAGAAACUCACCCUUCAUGUUGAGAUUGCUGGAAAAAUCAACACACUUAUAAGGGAUAUGGGGCUGCGUGAUCUGGGACAACUUGAGCAGGACCUAGUUUUUGGGGAUGCUGGAACAAAGGAAGUUAUUAAUUUCUUUCGGACAAAGCAGGAUGCAUCAUCUGAAAACAAGCUGCGCCUGAUGAUGAUAUAUGCAUCUGUUUAUCCUGAGAAGUUUGAAGGUGACAAGGCUUCAAAACUUAUGCAGCUAGCAAAAAUAUCUGUUGAGGACAUGAAAGCAGUUAAAAAUAUGAGAAUGCUUGAAGGAUCAGAUAAUAGAAAGACAUCUGCCGGGGGUUUCUCAUUGAAAUUUGAUACGAAGAGGAAGCAUGCCGCAAGAAAGGAUCGGACAGCAGAGGAAGAAGAAACAUGGCAGCUCUUUCGGUUUUAUCCCAUGCUAGAGGAGUUGAUUGAAAAUUUGAAUAAAGGAGACUUGCCAAAGGAUGAAUAUCAGUGCAUGAAUGAGCCAAAUUUAUUGACCAGCGAAGCAAAUGGAUCUUCUAAUGGUGGAUCAUCGAGGGGCCAUUCAAAUCCACAUUCAAUGAGAUCAAGGCGGACUGCAACAUGGGCACGGCCUCGCCUAUCUGACGAUGGCUAUUCAAGUGACUCAACUUUGAAAAACGUAUCUGAACUGAAAAAAAUGGGACAGCGGAUAUUUUUGUUCAUCAUUGGUGGAGCAACACGAUCUGAGCUUAGGGUUUGCCACAAACUUACAACAAAAUUGAGGAGAGAAGUUGUCCUGGGUUCAACUAGCUUUGAUGAUCCUCCUGUCUAUAUUACGAAACUUAAGAUGCUUUCAGAAAAGGAGCUUUCGGUUGAGGACAUUAGAAUAUAG